UGGUCUCCAAAACCCACGCGGCUUUGGUGAUGGAAUAUGUUGGUGAGGAAGAAAUUUCAAAAGAUAAAAUGGUUGAUGGAAUGGAGAAGUACGAAAUUGUUGACGAUUAUUUGGGUUCUGGAAGUUUUGGUGUUACUAAACUUGUGAGGAACAAAAACACCAAAGAACUUUUUGCAGUGAAGUUCAUAGAACGUGGUCCGACGAUCGAUGAGAAUGUGGAAAGAGAGAUUAUAAACCAUCGAUCACUUCAGCAUCCAAACAUCGUUCGUUUCAAAGAGGUCAUUUUAACCUCAACCAAGUUGGGUAUAGUGAUGGAAUAUGCUGGUGGAGGACAACUUUUCCGACGAAUUUCCAAUUCUGGUUGUUGUACUGAAGAUGAGGCAAGAUAUUUCUUCCAACAGCUGAUUUGUGGACUCGAAUAUAUUCAUUCAAUGCAAAUAUGCCAUAGAGACUUGAAGCUAGAUAAUAUCCUUUUAGAUGGAAGCAAAGCACCACGCGUCAAAAUCUGUGAUUUUGGCUACUCCAAGUCAUCCAUGUUGUAUUCAAAACCAAAUACAAUUGUUGAUUAUUCUACAACGUAUGCAGCACCAAUGGAUCAAGCAAACGGACAAGAUGAUGGACAGUUAUACCCGUUGCAUUCAAUACCAAAUACAAGGGUUGGUUCUACAACAUACUCAGCACCAGAGGUUCUAGUAGAAGGACAGUAUAAUGGAAAGAUAGCGGAUGUAUGGUCAUGUGGGGUUACUCUCUAUGUUAUGUUGUUCGGCUCAUAUCCUUUUGAAGAUCCAAACGAUCCUAAAAACAUUCGAAAAACUAUUAAGCGAAUAAUGCAUAUAGAUUAUAAAAUACCAGAGAAUAUUAAAAUAUCUGAAGAUUGUCGUGACCUACUCUCUCACAUCUUUGUUGUAGAUCCCUCGAUGAGAAUUCCACUGCAAGAAAUUAAAAGUCACCCAUGGUUCGAAAAGAAACUGGCAUGGGAAUUGAGAAAAGAAAUCCAAGCCCUCUUUUAUAUGAGGAACAUUCCAACCUUCUCUCAUCAAAGUGUUGAAGAAAUCAUGAAGGUCGUGGGGGAGGCGAAGAAGAAACUGCCCUCAUCAUCGACAACCAUCGUGGACUACAACUCAGAAACUGAAAAGGAAGAAGAGACCAAUACGGAAGAAAAUGAGGAAGAUGAAGAAGCUAUGUCUGAAUGAAACCGGAGUCGACAACUUCAUGAGUUUUCUUUCAAAGAACAUUUUCAUAGACGAACAUACUCGGUUGGCCGUUUAUGCUUCUGCAGAAAAUCUUGUUAGAUGUAUUCUAAUGCUAUUUAAAAUAUUUUUUGAUUAAGGGUUGGGAUUCCGUACUCGUAAAUUGUUGACACUUGAUUGGAAAUGUACGAAUAUUAUAAAUUGUAUUAUAUCGUAUAUAUAUUAAAGUGUUGGCUACUUUUUUCUA